AUGUGCAACCGUGCUGGACGCGUAUGCCAGGGAUAUGCGGCACCACCCGAUAGGAGAACCCGUGAAGUCCGAGAUGCGCGCACCGCGAAUAUGAACGGUGGCGCGCUAAACAUUGUGCAUUUAUGCCAGCAACGAGCUCAAUCCGCUGGUUUGGUCCACAUGGUUGAUGGAAGUCAAGUUGGCUUGUCGCGGAUGGAACGGGACUAUUUGUAUUCAUUCCGUUCAUACACUGCUGGCCAGUGCGCUGGGUAUAACUUCGACCCAUUUUGGCAGGUCCUUGUCCAUCAAGUCUGUGAAUCUUGCCCCGAGGUCCGCCAUGCAGCUAUUGGUAUCGGUGCCUUGCAUCGUAUAUUUGCGAACCCCAGUUCCGACCGAAAUGACAUUUUCCCCAUCCGGCAGUCCACAAAGGCCAUGGCUUGUCUCCGCGCGGCCAUGAUGAAGCAAGACCAAUCGGAUCCCUCGGCCACGGAGAAGAUAUUGGUGGCCUGUGUUGUUUUAAUUACCUUCGCUCUAUUCCAAGGCGAUGUUGAUGCCGUUCGCUGUCAUCUGCAAGCUGGCACUAAACUUCUCUGGGAGUGGAGGAAGAAAAAUUCCAAGAGGCCAGUUGCUUCUGUUUUGUUACAUACAUUUAUACAGCUCCAUAUCCAUUGGGCAAGCGUUACAAUGCUCCAGGAUCAUAUGGGAGGAGACUAUCCCUAUCUUCUAGAACUCAUCCAUGAUAACCUCGCCGAUAUUUCUACAUAUGCCGAUGAACAGUCAAAAGCGAUUUUCUUGGUGUUUGUUCAAGCUUGGUCGUUAAUGUUGAAUGAACCCGUCUUAGUUGACCGGAUGACCGGCAAUCGGUCGCAAGGAUUUAUAUGGGACACCCCUGCGAACAAGAUCCAUCGAUUUCACACGGAAGCGGAGGAGUGUAUUGUUCUUCACCAAAAGACUGCCUGUCCCACAAAGCUCCGUGCCUUCAUGGUCAUUCAAGUGCAGAUUGAGAUGAUAAAAAUUGUCCUCGCCUCAACAGCAUUUUCAGGCUCUGAAUUAGAAUGGGAUGCUCUCCUUCCCCAUUUCCAGACAAUUGUCAAUACAGCGGAGGCUUUGUUAAGUAGCUUCGAUCAGUUACCCGACCCACUGUUUUCUGUCAAGGAAGGAUUUUUAGCGGCUCUCAUGUUUUGUGGGCUCAAAUGUCGAGACUGGACGGUUCGGGAAAAGGUGUUGACUAUCUGCCGAAAGUAUAAUCGACGAGAGGGAAUGUUUUCUACCGCUGAGGCUGCCCUCCUUCUGCAGCGUAUCUACGAUGUUGAGGCUGCAGGUAUUCCACCAGGAGAGAAAAUACCAGAGUCCGCUCGUCUCACCGCACUGUUUAUCGUGGAACAUCCCAACUAUUCGAAAUUCCAGCCCAAAAGCCACAUCAAAUAUCGUGAUAAAGAUGGGAACUGGUAUAGUGAAUGGCUGUCACCAUGA